GCGAUCGGAGAGAGAGCUUUGCUACGAGUGGAGUAAUGGAGGACGAAGGCGGAGGCGGUGACCGUUCGAGCUUCGUCGUCGGAUUGAUCGAGAACAGGGCGAAAGAAGUGUUGCUCCUGCCUGGGGUUUCUUAGUGGUCAGUAUAGUGGAAUGACUUACGUGACCAUUGAUCUAUCAAUGUCUCAUUGCGGAAAGCCAAAUCUUGCUUGCUUCCUUGGUAGGCAGACAUAUUGUAUUGACUGCGAGAACUUCCAGUAGCCCUGGUCUAGGGUUUCCCUGAAUAAUCCAAGUAAUGGAAUCUCUUUAUAGUUCUUGCAUUUAUUCUUGUCUUUCUUUUCUCAUUACUAUCCCAAUUAUCGGUCACUUUCUAUUAGGCUAUCUAGCUGACAGAAGCAAAUGAUUUAAAUUGUCUUUUCUAUUGGCUGUGAUGAGUCCAUUGAACCCUCCUUCAAAUGCAACCUUUCACCUGCUUUGUACUAUAUAAUUCAGGUUUUUGAAGAUAGAACUCAGAAUAUGUAAGUUCCUGAUCUCUCGAUGAUGAUUUAUAUUUUCCUCUUUUCCUUUGUGUUUCGAUUGAAUUCUUAAGCAAAGAGUGUAAAGUUUACCUUCAUAGUUUGAACAUACUAGGUUAUGGUUUUUUCUUAAAAUGUGUACAGUUCUUGGAUGGUUUCACUGAAAUUUAAAAUUAACUCCACUAGUUAUUGACCAAUGGCCCGUUUCUUGAGGCUUUAGGAUUGCCAGUGGCCGAACAGAGGAAAUAAGAUUCCUCUUAGUUUAUGUAUGUUCUGAUCUCUCCAUCUCACCAGAUUUUCUGUAAUUAUUUACAUUCAAAUAGUGUUAAUUUAGGAGUUUUGAAUUAGUUUAUAUGCUUAAAACUUAGCCCCUUUUUUCCCCUCAUGGAAGCAACAGGAUUAAAAUUUUCCAUCACAAAUAAGCUAUUUCUAACUCAUGAAAGCUCCUCACAACCUUGAUUUGUUGUCCCUCUAUGCAAGAUACUUUAACUAAACUAGAGUACUAAAGUCUGAAUUACUCUUGUAACUUCAGCAAAACUAAGAAAUAAGCGUGAGAUUAUUUGGCUUUCAAUUAAUUACAACAUGUGCUAAAAGCGUUGUAGAAACAUAGUAUAAACAUUACACAUUCAUAAUAAAGCCUACGCCAAUUUUGAAUGAUAAUUUCCAGUAAGUUUAUUCAAUCUAUGCUAAUCUAUUUCCAUUUGAAUGCUCAAGAGUAACUCUGUUUGAGGGGAACUUUAGAACACAUUGGAAUUAUUAAGAGAACAUGCACUUAUAUAUAUCUUUCACUCUGCUUGAUAGCUGUUAUGAACUUGAUAACCUUUCAUGCGAUAACUUCUAAUUUGAUUAUAAGCCUAAACACUGAUUGAUUAUUUACGUAUGCUAAAGAACGACAUUAUCUUCUAAAGUACAGAUGCCUAUGGUAUUUUUAAUUGCUAAAGGCUUGUUCACUUAAUUAUUUUAUGCAGGUUUGUGUUGCUACCUUUGACUUGAGAUCGGCUUAAUUGCAUCUUUCUCAGUACAUUGAGACAAGUUGUUCAUACCAAAAUACAAAAACUCUGCUACAUUUUUAUGAUCCUAUGGUAACAAUUAUUUCCCCAAUCAAAUUGGCACCGGAUGGCAUGAUGGGAGUGUCUGAGCUGGUUGAUAAGCAUUAUUCAUUGAACAAAAAGAUCAUAAUGUCUCGCGGCUGCUUUGAUGAUACAAAGGGUGGUCUCUUGGUCAAAAAUUUGUCAGCGAAGGAGCCAUCUACUCUUGGUUUAGAUACUUAUUGCAAGCAAUAUUAUCUCUGCCUCGCUGCUGCUGCUGCUACCAUCAAAUGGUACAGAAGUUCUAACUAACCUCAGGAACUGAAAUUUUUGCAUGGCUCAAGUAAUUGAUACUGGAAGGACUGAAGCAGAGAAAGGCAUAAUAGUAACAAAUCACUCACUGUCGGUUACGUUCAAUGGUUCAUUUGAUCACAUGAAUAUUGAUGCUACUAGUGUUCAAAAUUUAGAAAUUAUUGACCCUCUACAUACCGAACUGUGGGGUUCUAGCAACAAGAAGAGAAGCCUAUUCCGGAUGUUGAAGACGACGAAGACUAUAGGAGGGGCUAGACUACUUCGAGCCAACUUACUACAACCAUUAAAGGAUAUGGAAACUAUCAAUGCCCGUCUUGAUUGCUUAGAUGAACUAAUGAGCAAUGAAGAGUUGUUCUUUGGACUGACGCAGGGUCUUCGAAAAUUUCCAAAAGAGACAGACAAGGUUCUUUGUCACUUUUGUUUCAAACCCAGAAAGGUCACAGAGGAAGUUUUGAAGUCUGUAAAUGGUAGAAAGAGUCAAAUGCUGAUUUCAGACAUUAUUGUUCUUAAAACAGCUCUGGAUGCCAUACCCUUUCUUUCCAAGGUUCUCAAGGAUGCAAAAUGUUCCCUUCUUUGCAACAUUUACCGCACUGUUUGUGAAAAUCAGAAAUAUUCAAACAUGAGAAACAGAAUUAGGGAUGUAAUUGAUGAAGAUGUGAUACAUGCAAGGGCUCCUUUUGUUGCUUGCACACAGCAGUGUUUUGCUAUCAAAGCUGGAAUAGAUGGACUUCUUGAUGUUGCACGCCGUUCCUUCUGUGACACAAGUGAAGCUAUACAUAAUCUUGCAAACAAAUACCGGGAGGAAUUUAAUCUGCCAAAUUUGAAGAUCCCAUACAACAAUAGGCAGGGAUUUUACUUCAGUAUUCCACAGAAGGACACAUCUGGAAAGCUUCCUAAUACAUUUAUUCAGGUCAUGAAACAUGGGAAAAACAUACACUGCUCAAGUUUUGAACUUGCCUCUCUGAAUGUUAGGAAUAAAUCAGCUUCUGCCGAAUGCUUUUUGCGCACAGAACAUUGUUUGGAAGGUUGCAAUGACUUUGUCAAAAUAAGGCUGAUUGAUGCAAUAAGGCAGGAUAUCUCCAUACUAACAUUGCUUGCAGAAGUCUUAUGCCUUCUAGACAUGAUUGUGAAUUCAUUUGCGCACAGUAUUUCAACUAAGCCUGUUGACCGCUACACAAGACCAGAGUUUACAGAUAAUGGACCAAUGGCAAUUGAUGCUGGCAGACACCCUAUACUGGAAAGCCUACACACUGAUUUUGUUCCUAAUAAUCUUUUUCUCUCUGAAGCAUCUAAUAUGGUGAUUGUCAUGGGCCCCAACAUGAGCGGAAAAAGCACUUAUCUUCAACAGAUUUGUCUAAUAGUCAUCCUUGCACAAAUCGGAUGUUAUGUCCCUGCUCGUUUUGCAUCUCUAAGAGUGGUUGAUCGCAUAUUCACACGGAUUGGGACUGGAGAUAAUGUUGAAUACAAUUCUAGCACUUUUAUGACGGAAAUGAAAGAGACAGCUUUCCUCAUGCAAAAUGUGUCCCCAAAGAGCCUGGUUGUUAUGGAUGAGCUGGGAAGGGCAACUUCUUCCUCUGAUGGGUUUGCAAUUGCUUGGAGCUGUUGCGAGCAUCUGCUAACUCUCAAAGCGUACACUAUAUUUGCUACGCAUAUGGAGGGUCUAUCUGAACUUGCAACCAUCUAUCCUAAUGUGAAGAUUCUUCAUUUUGAGGUCGACCUACGCAACAAUCGCUUAGAUUUCAAGUUUCGUCUCAAAGAUGGUCCAAGGAGGGUGCCACACUACGGUCUUCUAUUGGCUGGUGUUGCAGGUCUACCAAGCUCCGUGGUGGAGACAGCAAGGAACAUUACUUCAAGAAUCACAGAAGAGGAAAUGAGGAGAAUGAAUAUCAACUUUGAGCAGUAUCACUCAAUUCAGAUGGCGUACCGGGUUGCACAAAGGCUGAUCUGCUUGAAAUAUUCCAACCAAGGCGAGGAUUACAUCCGCCAAGCGCUGCAGAAUCUGAAGGAGAGCUACAAUGAGGGUCGGUUUACAUGCUGAUCAAUUAUUAUGACAUCACUCUGUGAUACGCA